AUGUUCUUCUCUCUAGUUGUUUUCUCUGCUCAGGGUCGUUUUGCUCAAAAAUUGCUGAAUGACCUAAUGGAGAACUAUUCUAACGCUUUACGGCCUGUGGAGGACACAGACAAAGCUCUUAACGUUACUCUACAGAUCACACUCUCUCAGAUCAAAGAUAUGGAUGAAAGGAAUCAGGUGUUGACCACAUACUUGUGGGUGCGUCAGAUUUGGCAUGAUGCUUACCUGCGCUGGGAUAAAGAUGAGUAUGAUGGACUCGAGGUCAUUCGAAUACCCAGCGAUCUUGUUUGGAGACCAGACAUCGUUCUAUAUAACAAUGCGGAUGAAGAGGACUCUUCGGGACCCCCAGGCACUAAUGUGGUCUUGAGGUAUAAUGGUGAGAUCACUUGGGACUCCCCUGCCAUUACUAAGAGUUCCUGUAAGGUGGAUGUCUCUUAUUUCCCCUUUGAUAGUCAAGAGUGCAACCUUACCUUUGGCUCCUGGACCUAUAAUGGCAACCAGGUGGACAUUACUAUGGGCAUGGAGAGUGGUGACCUUUCAGACUUUGUGGAAAACGUGGAAUGGGAGUGUCAUGGCAUGCCAGCCGUUAAGAACGUCAUUAUGUAUGGCUGCUGCUCGGACCCUUACCCUGACAUAACGUACACAGUCCUUCUCAAACGGCGAUCUUCCUUCUACAUCUUCAACUUGCUUCUGCCAUGUUUCCUCAUCUCCUUCCUGGCUCCGCUGGGCUUCUACCUGCCUGCUGAUUCUGGGGAGAAGGUCUCACUGGGGGUGACGGUGCUGCUGGCUCUGACUGUAUUUCAGCUGAUGGUGGCAGAGAGUAUGCCACCUUCAGAAAGUGUUCCACUAAUUGGAAAAUAUUAUAUUGCAACAAUGACCAUGAUAACAGCCUCUACAUCAUUGACUAUCUUCAUCAUGAACAUACACUUCUGUGGAGCGGAAGCAAAACCUGUGCCUCACUGGGCCAAAGUCCUGAUAAUAGACUACAUGUCAAAGAUCUUUUUUGUGUAUGAGGUAGGGGAGAACUGCACCACACCAGAAAGCGACCGAGGCCCAUUGUUCUCUGAAGACCCGCUGGCUAGCCUGGAGAGAGAUGGGUAUUUUGACAAAGGGUUUUAUGGAGACUGUCAGCAUGAUGACAGAAACCACAUAGAUAGAUACAAUAAGACCCCCACUGGCACAGGAUGUGUAUGUGUCUGUGGCCAACAUCAGAAAGUGGUGCGAAACAUUGACUACAUAGCUAACUGUUUCAGAGAGCAGAGGGCACACCAGGCAAAAGGGGCCGAGUGGAAGAAGGUUGCCAAGGUGAUGGACAGGUUCUUCAUGUGGGUAUUUUUCAUCAUGGUAUUCCUCAUGAGUAUCCUUGUCAUGGCCAAGGCAACCUAGAGCCGUUUACACAUUAAAGACACAAUCAAUUGAUUAUAUAUUGGGUAACUAUAUGUGUCAAAAUAGUUACUAAUUAUUCAUUUUUAUUUCAAACAAUAAUUCCUAUAAUCCUGUAUUUGUCUGUAAAUGGGCUCAUGUUCUACAUUCAACUUAAUAUGUGUAUUGCAGUUACAGCAGGAGUGUUAGUUGCUUGAAUGUUCACUUUCUUCAUUGUUUACUCUAUUCUUCCAGUCAAGAAGAUUCUCUGGUUGUAACAGUUAAAGAAAUGGCAUUAAUAUUUCAGGCGUAGACGUGUUCCCACAUGUGUAUAUAGGGUAACACAAUCUUUGUCUGGCAUGGACACACAUUAAUAAUGCACAAUUAACCUUGCACAUGCGUAUGGACAGACAUCCACACUAUUGCACAUUAAAAAUGCAUAAAUAGAUCAGUCUAGAAUGCUGAACAAACACACACACAUUGCAAAACAUCCUUGACCAGUGCUAACAUGUACAUUCUGCAACUUCUUUAUUUACUUGUGUUAACUAAAUUCUUUGAUUUGCUAUAUUUAUUCCUCUCUUUGAUCUCUGCUUACAAUAUUUUUUACAAAUGGUGCUACACAAAUAAAAACUUUAGUAAUUAUAGAAUCCUAGAAUCUUAGAAUCUUAGACUACUGUUCAAAAAAGGCAAAAGUGAAAUAAAAAGAGUUUAAGUAAAAUUAACACUGAAACCUCAAAUUGCCUUCUGGAACGUGAUUAUAUGCAGACAUGACUCAAUUCCUGAGUAAAGGUUAAAUCAAGCCUCAAGACUCAAACGGCCAAUUUACACUGUACCAACAGACACGAUCAAUGACAACAGACACUUUGUUGGGUUUUGUGUUUUUAGCGUGUUACCUCUGUUGGAGUCUGUUAGCAUUGGUUGGCACUUGUUUUCAGCGACUGAACAUGUUCAAUUAGUGUUAGUCAGGUUGUGGAAUAUCUAAGAAGUGAUGUACUAUAAUCUGGUGACUGUCCCUGUUGGUCUGCAUCUGUCUGUGCAAUGUGAAUUGGCCUAAAUGCAGGAGAGACUUCCUUUAACCCUUAAAUGCAUACCUCAGGUCUUUAUCGAUCUGGGAUAUCAUUCACUACCCUCCUCCUCAUUCAUUUUUUAAAGUUAGACAUCAACCUUCUUAGUAUUCCUCAAUCGAUUCAUUAUAAACAGUAUAACAAUAAAAAAAUCUUAAAAUUAUAAAAGAAUGCCUGUUUUCACAUUCAUUUUUUGUAAAAAAAAAAAAAAAAAAAAAAAAAAAAAAAAAUGUAUAUGGUCACUAACAACCCGAGUUGUGUAUCAGUGUAUGUAUAUUUUUUCUGCACAACAAUAAUUGAAUUUUUGAUGAUGGAAUAAGUGCAAUUCACCUUUAUUCCACAAGGUGGCAAUGUCUGAUACACAAUG